AUGAUAUCCCUGUUUCCUGACACAGUUCCUCCCUCUUCUCUGGACCUGGGAUCGGGCGCGAGACCCAAGCAGAGAAAACGUGUGCCGCUGUCCCCCAACCUCAAUGUUAACCUGGACAGCACCAUGACCACGCAGGACAGCGUGGACGAGACUCCAGAUGACCUGGAUGAUGACGACCUUGACAACCUUCCCGAUGACAUUGAUACUCCAGAUGACAUUGACGACUUUGAUUCGUCAGGACAUGGAAAUGACCUUGAAUGGGAAGACGACAUCUGUGCCCUAUCUGAUGAGCUGGAGUGGGACGAGUUGCUAUUGGUGUACGUGCCCUGGAAAACUCAACCAGACCUCAGUAAGACAGACGACACGCCCAUCGGGAGCAGUCGCACCACCCCCCAGGGCGAGAGCGUGCCUCAGUUUGCCGCGGAUGAGGAGGCGCGGAUGUGGAGAACUGUGGUGAUUGGUGAGCAGGAGCACCGCAUCGACAUGAAGGUCAUUGAUCCGUACAAGAAGGUCAUCUCGCACGGUGACUUCUACAACACGAAAGGGAACACCAGUUACUAUGGAGAAGGACUGAACGCCAUCAUCGUGUUUGCAGCAUGUUAUAUGCCCGACAGCAGCAGGCCUGACUAUAAAUAUGUCAUGGACAACCUCUUCCUGUAUAUAAUCAGCACCUUGGAGUUACUGGUGGCUGAAGACUACAUGAUCGUGUACCUCCAUGGAGGCACACCCAGACAGAACGUCCCUUCUAUUGGUUGGCUCAAGAAGUGUUACCAGAUGAUUGACAGGAGGUUACGUAAGAACUUGAAACAGUUGCUGAUCGUGCACCCGUCCUUCUGGCUGAAGACCAUCAUCCGUUUCACGAGACCCUUCAUCAGUUCCAAGUUCUACAGGAAGGUGGUGUUUGUGUACAGCCUGAGUGACCUGGCCUCCAAAAUUCCCAUGGAGUACAUCUACAUACCAGAGCAUAUAAGGGAAUACGAUAAGGACUUCCAGAUGAAACGUUCCAUGAGUUUCAUCGCGGGCCCGACCACCUCCCCGCUGGGCUCCCCGACCACGCAGAUGCAGCUGAACAGACCCGGCGCACAGCGACAGGACAGCAGCACGUCAAAGGAGUCACGGACCUCCUCCACACUCAGCCCCAAGUCUGAGUCACCACCAGAGAAGACUGGGAAAGUGGUGUGAGUGAGCACUGCUCAGAGUAGACCCAAGUCCCCAGUGUAAAUAUAUAAUUUGGAACUCAUGCUUUUUAUGUUUACCGCCAGGAAGGGAAACAUACUGUUUUUGCUCUGUUUCUUCUUCCUAUCAAAACAAAUAAGGUCAAUGACCUAGACCAGACAGCUGUCACCAUGGUUACUGGUUAAGUAGUAGACACCCUGUGGUGUUUAAUUACAUUAUGUAGCAAGUGGCAGGACAGCUGAAGGUGCUGGUCUUGAGUAAGAAUAAACAGAGAAGUCAUUUGUUAGGCUAGACCAUGUAAACAUAAAUGUAUUUGGUUGUAAAUGCUUCUCUCUAUUGUUUAGUCUUGCUGCUUUAUCUUUUGUAAGAAUAGAUUGAUAGGGUUCAUAUUUUAAGAGAUUGAUUUUGCAGUGUUACAAACCAAAAUGUACUGAAUGAUAUUACAGACAAAAUGUGAAGUGCAAAAUGAAAUAUCAGCAAACCAUUAUACAAUACUAUUGCUUGCAUGCUUGGCUUAAGUUCGUUCAAGCAAAGAAUUUAGCAAUUUGUCGUAAUGAAUUUGGUCCUGUGUAGCAAUAUUACCAUAUUGAAGAAUGAACAGAUUUUGAGCAACUACAGUUGAAUGACGGGAAGUUAAGCCAAAGGUCCCAGAAUGGUCCUAGAAUAGCUUAUCCCAUUUCCUGUCUUAAGUUUCCUGCUUAAGUUUAUUAAAAGUUUCUGGUUAUUCUGUGCAAUGAGUUACUGUAAAUAAGUUUGCUGCUUUAAAUGCAAAAAAGUCAAUCAAUCACGUAAAUAUUGAUGAUAGAAUCAUGAUUGUGCUGUUGAGCAGUGUAUAGUAAUCUUAAAUUUUGUGUUGCAAUUCUAAAACCAAUUUAGCUCAUAGAAUUUCUUGUCUUUGUACUCCCUUUUCCUUGAGACCAUAUUGGUCAUAGAUUUGUAUUUACUGUUACGGUAUCAGACUUUGCCAAAAAAAUUGUUUGUUUUUUGUACAUACACAACACUGUAGUCUGAAUGGGGACUUGGUAAUUAGAACACCUACUGAUUUGCCAUUGAUGAAAACUCUUGGAAAGUUAAUUGUUGGAAGUUCUAUUCUAAAGAAAACUAUCACAAGGAAAUGUAGUUUGUAAAUGUCUGUGAAUAGAGUAAAAAACGUGUUGUCAUUUCUGUAGUAAAUAAUAAAAAAAAGGGCCUAGCUACAUGUUACUAGCUGCUACAUUGUAUGAACCAAGAUGUCUUGUUGGAAAGAAAAUGUUAUAAAAGUCUGUUAAUAGAUGCGUUAUAGUUUGGUGAGUCUAUGUGAGCUAAAGUCUGCACAAAGUAACAGAGCUCUAGUCCAGAUAUAGAUGAUUGUAUAGUUUUUGCGCUAUGAAAAAUGUUGUGGAAAAAUAUCACAUUUAAAUCUAGAGUCAUUUUGUUGGAUGCUAAAUGUGAAGCAGGGUUUGCAAGAUGAUGGUCAGGUUUUUGGCGACGCCUCCGGGGUUUAGCCUGUAGUUUAUACAUUAUAGAGAGUUUGCUGUACAAACAACUAAUUAGAGUGUUAUGUGAAGGAUUGACAGGUCCUGCUUAUGUGUACAUUAUCAGAUUGAAAGUAACAUGUUUUUGAGUUCUUGCACAA